GCCAGCAGAGUCGUUCUCUCUCUCUCAACAGCAGCAGCAAAAACAAGCAGCUCUCUCUCUCUCUCUUUUUUGACAGCCACUCACAGAGUGCUACAAGCCGUUCCAAAACCAUUGCGUUCCACUCCUAACAGAAGGAGAGAGCAGCACUGUAAACUGUACUGUAAGCAGACCAGGCAGCCAGAUUGCCGCUAUCUUCGCCGUCUGUUCGAUUCCGUGGUCGCAGUUCGUUCCGGUGCGGCGCGAGCUUUCCAACCAAAAUUACAACACAAGCAGUAGAAAAAAAAAAAUAAUACAUCAGUGGAAGCAGAAAUCUAUCUACAACUAAUUGCAACAAAAUAUCAAACACAAAUCCAAGCAAUAUUUUUUUAAACGACGAAUAAAAUGUGACAAAAACAUGCACAGAAAAUAAAUAGCAGCAAAUAAACAGAAGAUACAACUACAACUACAGUUACAGAUACAUCAGCAGCUACACAACACACAGAUACACAACACUCAUACACACACACUCACAUAGCCAGCGUUCCUGUACUCAAAAGCAUUCCUAAUCGCCGCAAAAAAAUACAUAAAUAAAAUAUAAUAACAAAACACAAAACAAGUAAAAAUCAAUGCAAAAAGGGGAAAAUUAUCAACACAGCAGAGAACACAACACAAAAAUAAAAUAAAGCGUAAAUAAAGUUAAUUAAAAUGCACAUAAAAUACGAAUAAAAGCCACACAAAAGAGAAGGAAAUUCUUGUAAAUAAAUUGCAUGGCUUAGAAAAAAUUUAACGUUAAAAAGUGUGACCGAAACAAGUGUCUAAGAGAGAAAAAUCUAUGCAAAAUUUAGGCAAUUUUAGAGGAAUUCCUAAAUCAAUUCAAAUCUAAAUAUAAUCUAUACAAAAAAAAAGUUACAAUUAAAUAGUUAAACAAAAAAUUAAACCUACAAAAUAACACAAAAAGACAGAAGUCAGAUAAAGGUAGCUUGUUGCUAAUCGCCAUUAGUUUGUCCGUGUGCUUCGCCUGUGGCAGUGUGUUGGUGGCCGCGAUUGCCCUACGCUCUGCCCCAGCAACAGCCGCAGCCGCAAGAACAACAACAGCAGCAACACUAACACUAGAAGCAACAGCGACGCGCAGGAUACGCCACAAACGUCGCUCGUCGCAACGACGGCGCAGCAACAACAACGCGGUGCUGUCAACGGGGAUUGGACUGGUAACGGGUAACGAGGCUAUCUCUGCUCUGGCCCUACCACUCGCCUCCGCCACCAGCUGCACCGCCACCAACACCACAUCGGGCUCCGCGGCAGCGGAUCAGACAACAGCAGCAGCAGCGGCAGCAGCAGAGACAACAGCAGCAGCAACAACAACAACACUUUUUCCAACCGAGCCGGAACAUUCUGUACCCAUGCUAUCGGUACAGACGGCCGGCUGCGCGGGAAUGGAGCGGCUCGGCGUUCCGACCCGCACCUCAUUGAGCACACCACCCGACGAUAGGGAUCAAUUUAGAUGUAGAAUGCGCGUAGAUGCGCUCCAGGCACGUGAGCUUUUGGCUGUACGUGGCGAUUCUGUGAUUCGAAGCGCCGGCAACAAUCAGCAGCAUCUGCAGCAGCAACCACUCCAUCAUCAUCAUCACAACAAUAAGCAACAACAUUCCCACCAUCAGCAUCAGCAGCAACGCAUGACAACUCCAACGACGCACAGCGCCUCCAGCGGAGGCAACAACAGUGGCAGUGGCAGCACAGGGCUCAACAACAACAACAAUAGUAUUAGUAGUAACGUGGCGCGAGGCGGCAUCGAGGCCACCACACUCAAGUAUGGAAACACGGGGAGCGGGAGUGGCAGCACCAAGGGCGAAAGCUCCUCCUCAAUGUCUUCGUGUGGCUCCUCGCUGCAGAGUCACAGCAACGACCACCAUCAACAUUACCAAUAUCAGCAGCAGCAGCAGACGCCGCGCUGUCCCCACCACGUACCACUGCCGGACAGCGAGUACGGACAGGAUCGUCAUCUGCAGAUCAGGAGUAGCUACCAGCAAUCGGAGAUCACCAGAUCGUACACCAAGCCGCCGCCCAAUAAGACCGUGAGGGAUGUGCCCGAGCAAAUCUCGGCGGGCUGUGGCAGCUCCAACUACCGCCUGACCACGCUGCAGGCCGCCGCCACGGGUGGCAUCAUCAGCGGCUCGUCCACAUACACAGCCUCCUCGUCCUCGGCCUCUACCAAGUCCAAGCCGAACGCCAUAACCAAGUUCUUCUCACGCAUCAGUUCGCCAAAGUCGCCGCCGGCGGGGGGCAGCUGCUCGAGCCAGCCUCCAUCACUGGCCUCCUCCGCCUCGAUGUCGUCCUCGGCCUCCUCGCUGGCCUCCUCGUCCUGUGUGUCCACCUCAUCGUCCGCCUCCUCGCUGGCCGCUGCCCCCCUGCCAACACUGCCCAUCUCCAAUGCGGCCACGCUGAAGAGCACGGCCUGUGCGUAUGGGACCAAUCCGAGCGCGGGGCCAGGUCCAACAGCCGCCAGCAGUCAGCACAUCUACGCGGGCACGCCCGCAGCGACUGGGGCAGGGAGCUGCACACCCGAAAGGAUACCCACGCCGCCGCUGUCCGUCUGCGUGCCAAUUGGGGCUGGUCUGCAGCUCCUAAAGAGCAGUAGCUUCAAUCUUCCCGCCGAGACAGCAGCAGCAGGAGCAGUGGCGGAAGGGGUGGCAGAGUCCCUGCUCCCCGCCACAAUGAGCCGCAAUAAUUCCAACUCUAGCAUGAUGAGCUGCCAUUGCAGCUGCAAUAGCCGGAAUUGCAGCCACUGUGCGGCCAACUCAUAACUGAGCUCGUGUUAAGUUAACUCUUAGUUACACAAUACAUCUAUGGCUCUAUGGCUAUACAUUAUUAUUAAUUAUUAAUUAUACUAUAUACAUAUAUAUAUAAUAUGCAUAUAUUUUUUUUAUGUUAGCUUACAUUAUGUUAAAGUUUAACGGAUCAGAUUUAUUUUGUGUAGGUCUGUCGCCAACGUUGCGCUGGUACGAAAAGACUGUUUAUUAGUCAGAAUUUAAUUUGUAAAUUUCGAGAACGAAGGAGGAGAAGAAGUAGCGAAAGAUGGUGAGAGGAGUGGAGAGAACCUGCUGCGCUGACUGCCGCCUUGCAUCACUCACAGAAACAGAAGCGGAAACAGAUACAGACAAACGAUAAACUUAAUUUAGUUAUUUUAAAAUCAUUUCCAUUUGUCGGCUGCAAAAUGAAAAAAAAAGAAACUUAAAAGAGACACCAUACCACAAUAGAGACAUGCAGAAAAGAUAUAAGAGAGGAGAAGAUGCGAGAGAGGAGAGAAGGAAAUAAUAACAAAUUAUAUAAGUGAAUAUGUAAUUGUAAUUUUAUGAUCAAUAUGGUAUACACUUUAGUUUGAAUAACUCUAGUUUUUAGCGAAGCCAACCAACUCUUAACUAUACUCUAUCCAACCCCCAAAACCCGACCCAACCUGCCCCACCCUGACCCCGUUCUUCACUAUAUUGCCCCUAUACCCUAUAUUAUUAUUAUACAUGGCCCAUGUGCUGGAACACACGAAAAGAAAACACACACACACAAACAAAACAAUUUUUAGUUCAAUUGAAAUUUGUAUAUUUGCUAACGGAAUUACAAUGUAAAAAAAAAAAUACGAGAAAAAUGAAAUGAAAUCUAUGUAAACCAAAUUGUAGAGAAAUUUUCGUUUUAAUUUGAUUUAUUCCUUUGGUUUUUUUCCUUAUUUAGAAAAUAAGAGAUUGUGCUUUUGAAAUUGUAACGAUCGACUAAAUAUCGAUAAGGAUCUAUCGUCUUCCUUUUGCUGGAAAGUCCAUCAUUAGCUCAGUGGCGCCAACAGUGCCAGAUUUUUAGAAGAUCAUUGCGCUCAGCUUUUGUCAGCUAGCACUGGUAGUAGAGCGAACAGAGUGGCAACACUGGCAGAGAGCCCAUGAUCACUUGGCGGUUCUUUCAAAUAAUUUACAAUCACUUCGAUGUUAGAAUUGAAUAAUUAAUUCCAAAAAAAAUUCACAGUAUAUCCAAUGUACAUACACAUAUUUGCAUAAAAUCAAAGGCCACUUCCACACGAUCCCCAAAAUUUUCAAGAAAAGAAAGAAAAUGGUUUCAAGAACUUUCGAUCCAUUUAAUCAAAUUAAAAUAAACAUUUAACCGAAAAUUUAGAUGAAAAGCGAACGGAAAAACUAGGAAAAUAUGAUAACGAAUGGAAAAGAAGUGAAAAAGGAGGAGAAAAUACAAAAAAAAAAACAUUACUAAACCGAAAAGUCCUACAAGCCUACACUUUUAAAAUUACAUACGAUAUAUCUCGAUGUCUAUGGAUCAACGUUUAUAUAGAAAGAAAAUACCAAAAAUAGCCCGAAGUAUUGCGAAACGAAACGAAAGCAAACAGAAAACAGAGAACAGCAUACAAUGAAAACUAAACAAAGUGUAGAGAUUAAUUUACUAAUUAAUAACUAAUUAAUAAAGAAUAAAGAGAACAAGAGAAGAGAGCGAAGAGAGAGAAGCAAGUCCAGCUAAAAUAUCGAGGCGAAAUCGAAACGAAAUCGCUGAAUCAGCUACAUAUACACGCAUAUAUAGUAUACAUACAUAGUACAUACAAUAUAUGAUAUUUAAAUAUAACUAAAUAUAAUUUACGUAAACAGGCCUAAUUUCAACUACCUCCAAAACUGUUUUUUAAAUUAAACAAUUAAAUUCUAAACGAAGAUCGAGUCAAGUCGAGUUAAGUCGAGUCUAUGAAUUAUACGAACGAAUUGUGUUUAGCUGAAAAACUAAACGAGAACUAAGUAAAUCAAAUGCAAAACGAACGCGAUAAAUUAUAAAUUAUAGUAAAUCAAUUGAUUGAAUUACGUUUUUUAAAAUUAAAACAGAUCGAUUAAUUCAAACAAAACAAAUCAACAAUCAUUGACAAGUAAUUAAUUUUACAUUUUAUAUGAUAUAUGUACGAUACGAUACGAUACGAUACGAUAUAGAUACAUAUUUAUUAAUUCUGAUAUGGUAUCUUACGAGUAUCUAUCUGUACAUUUAAAUCGAGAAUACAAAUGGAAACGCACACGAGCUGCGUUUUGAAAAUGCGAAGCCGUCGACUGAUAUUUAUAACAAAAGUAUAUAACAUUAAAAAAAAAAAAAACAAAAAAACAAUGAAAUUCAUUUGUAAAUACACUGAAAAUGCAGGAGGAAUCGCUCGAGUCCUGGGAAAGCAUUAUGUUAAUGUAAUCACUCACACAUCCACACCAAUAAAAACA